AUGGUGUAUAGCACAGAACAGAUUGGGAUGUGGGAACCAGUCGAGCUUAAAUAUCCGAAAAUCCAUCGGAGCAUGAGCACAACGCGCAACAAAGCGCGAAAAGUGCUUCCCAGACAGGUAGAAUCAGACCGGAUUCAACUUCACCAACUUCUGUCGAGUUCCUAUUGUCCCAGUGGGGACUCGACAUUCGGUGCGUCAUGCAAAGAAAGCUUCGUUGAUAAGUGGAGCCGCCGAAUAGCACUUCAGUAUUACGUUUCAACUGGCUCCCACAAUGAAGCUAUGGCUUCGAGCGUUCGUUCUCAUCGAUGGCCUGUUCACCGCUCACUUUGGCCGUUCUCGCCACGGGGCUGGAUCUUGCACCGAUCGACACGCUGUCUGUCGUUGAUGGGUUCCUGCCUGCCUGCCUGCUUGACACUGAGCGCGCCAACCACAAACAGUCCUAACCUUGAGUCCUCCCUUACCAUGCUCGAUUCAUCACAGAUGAAGAGAGACAGAUCUUCACGGCGAAAUGUCGCCAACUCGAAUCUGCGAUCCAGGCACCGGCAACCGCUUUCCCUCUCUAUCAGAACGGCAAAUUAUGCGACCCUACCAGCAAUGCAGCAAGCUCCGACCCCGCAGUCCUACCCUAUACCAAUAUCACAGGACAAACAAAAAAGAGCUCUAGAGCUCUAUAUAGGAUACUGCGAUGCCGUAUUCAAUGAGAAGGCAGGAGCGAGCCAAGAGCCUCAAACUGCCGCCAGCCAUCUCGAUGGUUAUCACUUGAGCGUUUCAGGCCCGCCCACCACUCACUCAGCAACAUCGUACGCUUCUUCGCGAAUCAGCGUAACACACUCUAACUACGACAACAAAACUGAUCUAUCCUCAGUCGUCUCAUUUGGUGACGAGGAUGAGCCAACAUCUGCUGCUGGGAGAGCUAAGGGAGAGAUGAGGUCGUUUGAUGGGAAGAGUGUUAAACAACGGAGAAGAAAAAGGCUCGACCCAGUCGCAAGGGCGAAGGCGGCAUUGAUACGCCACCUUGGAUCGUGCUCGUGCCCUUUCGAACACCACGACAUUGCCCUCCUCGAAAGGCUUCGCCAAGAUCUCUUAGCAGCAGAACGACCUCGGGCCGGCCAGCAUUCUAACUCCUCCAUCUUGAGCUUAUCGCAACAGACCGCUACUUCGUUAUCUGUAUGGCAGGAGACCGGGCCUACCGGGCCUGGUGUCUCGCAGACUGAUGACUUGAUGGGAAUCGGAGCGAACUCCGAUUUCGACCAGGCUUUGGGUGGAUUAGGCGAUUUGGACCCGACCCAGUUCGAUAUACAAUCUUCCGGUGAUAUAGCCUAUGGAGACGACAUACUGAGCAGCAUCCCAGCCCCAGCUCUUCUGCAUGUUGGCACAGACCUUCCGAAUUUCGGCCCUAGCCCGUAUAACACUUACCAGGACGGACAAAUGAUCGCAAUAGGUGUACAUCGCAGUGGAUAUUUCUGGUGCCAACACCUCGACGAACUAUGCCUUGAGUUCUUCAGCACUAGCGAGCAGUUGCAGAGCCAUUUUGAAACGGUGCAUUUUGCAUUCACGCGCAUCGAUCCUGCCCACCGCUUUAUAUGCUCGCAGUGCAGGCACAUGAAUAUUGACUCAAUUUCACCAUGCUCAAACUGUUUCCAAGUUGGCACCGUCGAGCUGUGGAUCUGCGGGAACUUGAUUCCGAUCGCCUCCUUCCACCCCCAUGCUCCAGAGCCGCACAGUCUGGCCAGCUUCACUCCGGACACGGUUUUCUCACCCACGUCUUAUCUUACCAUGAAUGAUCCGCCAUGGGACCAGGACCUGAGUAACGGGAACCCCGGCAGCUACACGAACACGGGGAACAACACUUUUGGGGGCGGAGGUGGGAACGGAUCUGCCUUUGGCGGGAGCCAGCCCGACUCGACCCAGUAUCGGACUACUCGAACUACGGCAUCAACCGGUUCCGAUGUAACACAUAUACUGGCGCCAGACAACUCGCCACAAGGCCGAUGUCCCUAUCUUAUAGGCUGUUCCUCGUCUCACUCCUGGAAUGCGCAAGUGUGUACCGUUACUGGGGGUCACUGGUAUGAUGGGGUCCUUUGGGCCUGGUUGUCCAUCGGUACGAAACAGAUAGCAGGUCGCGGCGGACGGACCAAAAUCCAUGUCCGGAGCCGCAGUAACGUUAAUGCGGGGGAGUCAUCGAGCCAGGUUCCCUCUAAGCUUCUUUGGGCUCGCCGAAUAGACAGUGGGGGUCCCGUCCUAUUAUAUUUACUUGUACUCUUCUUCUUCUCCUUCUCCUUCUUCUGGGCAAUUCAGCACCUCCUUCCCGUACCAAAUACGGAAUACUACGAAGGGCAAGUCAGCGAAAAACGCAACCGAAUUGCAAUGUUUGCCUCUUUCACCAUCACUCAGCCCUUCUUGGGUGCUCCUCUCCAAUUCCAGCCCGCCCUGGGUUCCAAGGAGCUCGAAGCCUUGGUCAACGCCUAUGUGAUUGGCAAUGGCUCCAAGUCGGACAAGCUGUCGGUUGUGACUGUUGAAUUCUUCAACUUGGCGACAGUCGACCUCAAUACCGGCGCGCUCACCCGGACAUACGAGGUCUUCUUCGCUCCGAUUGCCUUUGAGCAGUCCUCGACUGAAUCGCAAUCAUCUGGAUAUUCUCCCCCCAUCUUCACUCCAUCUCCAGCCUCGUCUGCGACGUACGGCUCCAUGAGCACGUCUACCCCCAAUGUGACUCCUACCCGAAUGCUGGGCUCGGCGAGAGUCACCAAGAAGUCGGCGAAGGUGACAAAAAAGCCAAAGAUUGAAGAGGCUCGUUUGCCAGGCUUCUCCAUCAUGACCAAGGAUGGAGUCGAUAUUACGACGACUGCUGGUCGAGGGACCAAGACCAAAGAGCAGAGAGAGCACGCGCACCUGAUGCGGAUCAUGAAGGCUUGCGAUGCGUGCAAGCGGAAGAAGAUCCGGUGCGAUCCUUCUCAUAGGAGAUCCCCUCAAAAGAACAUGGCCCAAACUCCCACGUCGUCUACUACGAAGACGUCGUCCACCGUCUCGAAUGGCCCAAGUCCGCAGUACGAAAGUAGCGGCCAUACCUCCUCACUGACGAGGCAAUCCACUCAGGCUACACAGGGUGCUUUCACGCCUUUGAAUGCCAUCGACGACUUCAUUCUCUUUCCGGAGGAUGCCUCUUGGAACCCCGAGAUGUCACAAACGAGCCUCGGACAAUUCAAUUAUGAUCUGAACGACAUGAAUCUAACGAAUCUCGAUUUCCCAAUUGAUCAUGAAUUGGAUUUCUCUUUCGACCAGCAAGCGUUCAUGAAUAACUUCCGUAUCCCACUCCACCAGCAACCAUACGACGGACCACAAAACUACUCUUCCACCCCGCACAUGGCUCACCUCAACGAUACGCCGGGCGAUAUGUUCGAUCUGGAUCAAUUACUAGAUCCGAAUGCGUUUGGCCCAGAGCAGACUCGACCUCAUCCUGCUGGGAACGAUCAACACUCUAGCCCAACCUGCGCGGGCGUCGAAUCUCGCUCAUCAAUGUCAGCAGGCACGAAUACUACUUUGAUAUCCUCAAGCUCGGAUUGGAGUCUGCUGGAAACAACUGUCCACAGUUCCCCUGGCGGAAAUUCACCUUUGGGCUCGGCGUCUUGUGGCAUCUGUCAACAGCGGGCUAGUCGGAACCAGGUAGCUAGUAAUGUUUUGAGCCAGUCUACAUCUGCCGCCACCGCUAUGUCGGCCAGCAAUGUAUUCUGCGAUUCAGGCAGUGGCUACGAUGCUGGAUCGGGUAUUGUAGUUGAUCCAUCGGAUCCGCUCGAUGUUCCACUAGCACGCACCCAAGUUGCCCAACGGGACGUUUACCGCAGCUUGAACAGUCUGGCACAGGAAUGUCGAAAAGUAACGGAACAGCUCCGUAGGAUUGAGAGUGCCAUUGGGCGGCAUGGAAGCAAUGCGACCGCGGUCCAGAGUGCAUCUUCUGCCUCCUCCCUGGACGACAAGAGCAAUGCACAGAGUCACUACAUCCCGUCGCAAAUUAAGGAAAGCUCGGCUUUGCGUACGCCCUCUAGUCUGGGCCUCCAUAAAUACAAGGGACCGUUGGAUAUUCGCACCAUACCCAGGUCCUUUGUCGCUAUGAACGGUACGCAAGCCAUGCUUGGUUGGCUCCCUGCUCGACCAGCAUUGACGUCUCACCAAGAUGCUCAAUCGAUACCAGGCGAAGGCACCGAGUCUCUGGUCCGGCAACGCGUACUCCGCAAGAACUGUAUGAAUAACCAGGCCAGUGCCGCCGAAAAGGAGCCUCGUGUUCUCUCGAAACCCGGGACGUCGUCUAACCUCGGCACCAGCCAAGGAUUGUUGAUUCUGGCAGUGCUUGCAUUCCUGGCUUCUCUGAUCCUCUGCUCGAAGUUAUGUGCACCAGACCCUCUCCCCGCCAGCUCUAUGGGAUCCAAUAUCUGCGACACAAGGACCGACCCCACCCCCCUCAUCCCAGUAUCCAAACUCGUUCUCCACGCCGUCCUGAUUUUCGCCCAAUUACCCAUCUCCAUGAUCGCUCACACGAAUAUAGCACGUGGCGGCGGCAUCACCAUGCACUUGCUGCAUCUCCUAGCCAACUGGAGCAAAACAAAAUCCACGUCCCCGCUGCGAAGACAAGAUUCCGGGUACAACGCGGCCUGGCCUGUCUUACUGGCAGAAGCUACAGCCAGCCGCUCGCUCCUGGAUUCAUUCGUUCCUCGCGUCGUGGGUGCUUUCUAA